UAGUGGAGAUGAGUGGAGAAGAAGACGAAUUUGACAUUUCUUCUCUUUGGAAAAGUGCAUUUAUUGUAUAUUAAUUUUAUUGUAUUUGAAAAACAAAAAUAUUACACGGCACACAAUCCUACAAUGACGUCGAAAUUAAUAAAGAAUAGAGAUUGUGCGGAUAAAAUCAGAAAUGGCUCGCCCAAGCUGCAGGAGGUGUUGCGAGAGAAAUGUCGUCAGAGAAUGCGUGAGAAAAGGAAUCAAUUGUUUAACAGACGCAGAUUUGGUUUGGAACUUGAUUCGAGAAACGUGCAAGACACAUUGACAGAAAUAAUGCGUGAGGAAUUUAAGAGUCUGGCAACAUCAGAUGACGGUGGGACAAGUCUUACGUUCAAAGAGAUCGACGAGCCCUUGAGUCAAGAAGAAGCAAUUCAGUUGGAAAAUGAAAUUAUUCACGAUCAAGAACAAUGGAUGCUUCAAGAAUAUGAGAAGAUCUCGCAGGAUGAAAUUGACUUCUUGGCUAUAUGUGCUGAUAACGACAGUAGAGAAGUGUUCUGUCCCAUAUGUCAGAAAGCCAUAUUAACAGAAGAAGGUAAUUCUGUAAAUUGUUUGACUUGCGGGCUGAAAUUGACUGGCCGCACUAUGCAAGAAGUGAGAUAUUUAAUUAAUGAGAGUGUAAACAUUCACGCAUUCAACUGUGUCAAGGUGCCAACAUUCAUAGCAAUAUCUGACAAUUUUAAUCUUAAUUUAUACCUAAUAUGUCAUGAUUGUUCUACUUUUGCUUCAAUUUGCUGAUUAUUUAAGAUUAAUUGGCCGCUAACUUUCCAAAAUGGAAACAAAAUUGCUGAACAAUUAUUUCGAUUGUGAAAAUUUAUAUACUGAUGUGUCAGUUUGUUCAAAGAAUAAAUCAUUGUAUCAUGGUUUGCAUUAGAACAAAGUUUUAAUACUAAUUUUGAUUUUUUUUGACGUUGGGUUUGUUUCCAAAAAACUCAUUAGUAUUAUAUAAAUUUAACAUAAGCAUACACAUACAGCUUAAUUGUUGUAAUUGAUAAAACUCGAUAAAAAUCUUGUCAAAUUACGUUAGAUAAUAAUGAAAAAAAAUUUCAAAUCAUUUGUCAUCAUGUCAAUUGUAAAUUAAUUUAAGGAAGCAUUUUCCAAUGACUAUAAUCAUCGAAUAAUUAUGUGUUUUUGUACAACUGAUUUUGGUUUCCUCAAUCUUAACACAGGAAGAUGGAUCAGCGUAAUUAUUUAUAACAAUAACGAAUUGUGAUAUAGGACGAUAGAAAAAACAAACAACAAAAUGCAAUCAGUUCGGAUUUCUUCAUGUUAUAAUAUUUGGAAUAAUAACAUGUGUGAAUGUGUUUAUGAUUAUAUGAUACAUAUUGUACAAAAAACAUCCCUUCGAUGAGUUCACUUAUAUUAUUUAUCACUUAUACAUGUACAUACACGAUGUAAGUUUGCGUGAGGGCGUCUAUAUAUUGUAUCGUGCAUAAAAAAAUAACAUUCUUCGUGUUCUAAAACAAAGCAACAAAUUAAUAUACGAAAUAUAUCGAUAUUUAAAAAAGAAUUUAGCCUUCAGAGUAUUAACUGUUUCGUUCUCUUAACAUUGGACUAUGUACAACAUUUUACAUCAACAGAAACGCUACAAUAUGCAGAAGCCCUUCUGUAGCUUAAGCUAUAUUCGGUAGUCAAACUUUUUGCAAAUGAUUUGUACAUUAUCACAUGGAUUUCUAUAUUAAAGAUCUCAUAUUACAUAA